GGGCCUCCAUUUUGUCGGUAAAGCAGGAGGCUGGUAGAAGGCGAACUGUGCUCUGUGAGUCGCUCGUGGGCAGUGUUUGAUCCGCGAAUCGUUUCUCCCUGUUAAGGGAGGGAGGUUUGGAGGUCGAGAGGGAGUCGCCGCCACCGCCCGAACUCGAAGUCGCUAGGACUUCUCUCAAACUUGUGUGCUGAGGAGACUCGAUGUUGGCCUCAGCUCCUAGGCUGAAAUCAGCAGAUUGGCUCAUGAAAACUUAUGUAUUGAGACAAAGGAAAGGAUCUAGCAGAAAGCAACAUCUCUUAUCCUGGGCUUGGCAGCAAGGAAGAGGACAAGUAGUGGAGAUCCUGCAAUCUGAGAAGCAGACUGAAAGGUGACAAAGAAGCUCAAGAUGGGUGGUGGAGAGAGGUAUAACAUUCCAGCCCCUCAAUCUAGAAAUGUUAGUAAGAGCCAACAACAGCACAACAGACAGAAGACCAAGGAUCAGAAUUCCCAGAUGAAGAUCGUUCAUAAGAAAAAAGAAAGAGGACAUGGGUACAGUCCAUCGGCAGCUGCAUGGCAGGCCAUGCAGAAUGGGGGAAAGAACAAGAGUCUUUCUAAUGACCCAAAUUGGAAUGGUAGCUUAACAAGUCCAAGCUUGCUUUUUAAGUCUCAGGCUAACCAGAACUAUGCUGGAGCCAAAUUUAGUGAACCACCAUCACCAAGUGUUCUCCCCAAGCCACCAAGCCACUGGGUUCCUGUUUCAUUGAACCCUUCAGAUAAGGAAAUGACAUUUCAACUUAAAACCCUACUUAAAGUACAGGUUUAAAUCUAAGUACUAAUUUUAAAUUUUGUGAUGUUCAUAUGUAGCCAUCAGUUGGUUUGACUUUAGGUAAUUUUUAUAAAACUAAUUCACAACUAUAAGCAGACAUCUGAUUUAUGUCCUAUGUACACUAUAUUAUAAUAGUGUCAUAAUUUAAGUAGCUAUUUCCACUUGGUAGUUUUGCUAACCAAAUUCAAGCUUAGAUUUGGAGAACAGUAACCAGCUUUUUAUUGUCUAGUAGGAAAACAAAAAGGAA